CCUGCAAUCUUGAAGCCAGGCAGUUGCUCAUCAGAUCUUAGCGUGCAAACGACUGUGGAAUCUGAGUUGUCCUGUGGCCCCAGAUUUGUUCAGGAUUUCCUGCAUCGGGCAUGUGAAAAAAGGGAGAUGGAGAUGCGUGCAUCAGUUGCAGCAAUCGAGACACAGUCAUCACGCUCUCCUGUUGACCGGCAAGGCUGAUGAAGCUGAAGAUCCAGCACAUUAUUCGUGCGAUUUCCAACAUCCCCUGAUUAGAUAGAUAAAUCUCAUACCGCGCGAACAUCUCUUCAUCUAUCCAAGAAGGAUGUGCAGAUAUCUCAUGAUCGAAGCUCCUUCGAGUGCAAAUCCUUCGAUGAACAAGGAAGAGGCUGCGUCAAUGGCUGCGGACCAGCUCCCAUGCAAAGAACGGAGGGACGGACUUUUCCUUUGCGUCAAGGAUUCCACAUCUCCACGCAGCGCUGGCAGUGGCAGCGCAUUCAUGCGUGUCUCAUCAUGCCGCGUUGCCGCACACAUCAUGCCGCACUGCCGAUGGCGGAGCGUACCCCAGCUGCGUUGCCUGGUGGGGGGGCACACCCACCCCGCGAUCGUGCUGGGUGGCUGGCUCACACAGACGACAAAGCAUUCCUCAGGAACGGGCACACGGGCUGGGGGGCAAAGGCCAUCGCUUCCGCAGCCGAGAACACGCUCUAGAAAGGUAGAAAAGGGAGCAAAGGCCCUCUGCAUGAUUCCUUCCCGCCACCGUGACGGGCACACGGGAGGCGGUUCUCAGAUUAUCGGGCCGCGGAUCCUUGCUCACCACAUGGCGUGGGCUCGCGCUAGAAGAUUUGCCAAACGUUGGCGAGGGACCCGUCGAUCUCGAAGGGCGAAUCGCGCAGCAACACACAGAUAAGAUGAAAACCCCGCAGACUUUGCUGGCGCGCCGAGUGGGAACGUUCACGGGCUGACUCGCUAUAGGCUACGGGCCAAUGGCGGGUGAUUCAUAU